UGGCUAGAAAACAAGAAAUAGAAACCCACAUCAUCUGUUACCUUCUUUAGCAGUUGUUGGUCUAUCUGGAUAUUUAUAUUUCUUCUGACAUUCCGCAGAUUUUUUUCUGGGUUUUUUCUUAAAAUAAGUUUUUGUUUUUGAAAAUUUAUUGGGUUUCACUGGUUCUGCAAUCUUUAACCCAUUUUUGUUUCCCAUGUUUAACUUUCCUGGUUCCAAUUUAAUUUCGUGAGUUGCUUCUGCGUCAUUGCAAAGGUAUUUGAUCUGAGUCUUUGUUCCUAUAAACUGUACAGGUUUUUGGUUUGACUAGUUUCUUAUAUUUCGGAUCCCCUUUGUUGAGAUUUGAGGACUUCCUAGUUCCUUGUCCCUUAUUUUGGAAAUAGCCACUGUUUCAUUGGUACUGAUUUGAGGUUCUCUACUUGGAGGCAUCUCUCUUCGUGGGGGAGAUUUGAACGGUUUUAAUUGUUGGGUUGCUCCCUUGUUGUGAUUAACGUUAUGGGUUUCUUUAUUCACUGUCUAAUGUUGUUCAAAUCGUUUCACUUCGAUUGAUGGGUGUUGCUGGAGCUAAAAAUCUCUCCCUUUUUUUAUUCUUUUUUCCGUUUAUCUUGCGCUAGUCGGGCAGUUAAAACUGUCUGAUCUUUUGUUGUUGUAGUUGGGUUGGUUAUGGGGUGAAUUUGAAGCAAAGCUCUGAUAAAAUGACAAGACAAGUCAUCUUUCCGUUUAGUGUUUGAGUUUGUUGAGGAUAACUAGUUCUGGUUAUUAAGAUAAAUAUUCAUUGAUGAGAUAAAGCUUGACUCCAAGAUUUUGUGAUGGAAAAGAGGAAAUGGCUAUGGAAGAAGAAGUCUUCCGAGAGGAGCCCUGGUGAAACCGAGAGUUCAGGAUCACUAUCUUCACAUUCUGAGAGAUUCUCCGAUGAGCAAGACGCCUCAAAGGCAUCUCCAAAUACUGAUAAUCAAUCUCCUGAAGUCACAUCAAAAGCUUAUGUCAGGAAUGAAGAUGUCAAUGAUAGUGUUAAGAUUUUAACAGAAAGGUUAUCAGCUGCCCUUGUGAAUGUUAGUGCCAAAGACGACUUGGUAAAGCAGCACUCCAAAGUUGCUGAGGAAGCUGUUGCAGGCUGGGAAAAGGCUGAAAAUGAAGUAGCUGCACUAAAGAAACAACUUGAAGCUGCCAUUCAGCAGAACUCUUCAUUGGAAGAUAGGGUGAGCCAUCUUGAUGGUGCCCUCAAGGAAUGUGUUAGGCAGCUGAGACAGGCAAGAGAGGAGCACGAAGAAAAGGUCCAUGAAGCCGUGGUAAGAAAAACACUUGAAUGGGAAUCCACAAAAUCUGAACUUGAGAACCAGCUUCUUGAGCUGAAGAGAAAAGCAGAAGCUGCUGAGUUAGAAUCUCUGCCUCAAAUUGAUCCGGAACUAUGCUAUAAGCUCGAAUAUUUGGAGAAAGAUAAUGCUUCCCUGAAGCUUGAGCUCCUAUCUCUAUCUGAGGAGUUAGAAGUCAGAACAAUUGAAAGGGACUUGAGUACCCAAGCAGCUGAAACAGCAAGCAAGCAACACUUGGAGAGCAUAAAGAAAAUGGCAAAGCUUGAAGCUGAAUGCCGUAGGGUAAAAGCCAUUGGUUGCAAAUCAACACCACUUAAUGAUCAUAAAACUUCUACUGCAUCUUCAUUUUAUGUUGACUCUCUCACUGAUAGUCAAUCAGAUAGUGGGGAGAGGCUUAAUGCUGUGGAGCUGGAAACUCGCAAAAUGAGUUGUUCGGAACCUUACAGAUGUGAGGCAAGUUGCGCAGACUCAUGGGCAUCUGCAUUGAUUGCUGAGCUUGAUCAAUUCAAGAAUGAAAAAAGUGUUAAAAGAAGUCUCCCAUCCUCGGCAAUUGAAAUAGAUCUCAUGGAUGAUUUUCUUGAAAUGGAACGACUGGCUGCUUUGCCAGAGACUGAAAGGGAAAGUCAUCAUCCUGAAACAAAAGCGGUUGCAGAAAAAUCCAUUGAUGUAGAAAGCUCAUUAAGAGCUGAACUUGAAAGUAUGGUUCAUCAAACAGCUGAAUUGGAAGAGAAACUACAGAAGAUGGAAGUAGAAAAAGUUGAACUGGAAGAGAAACUACAAAAGAUGGAAGUAGAAAAGGUCAAAUUGGAGGAGAAGAUACAAAAGAUGGAAGCAGAAAAAGUUGAAUCAGAAGAAAUGCUAGAGAAGUCACAAGUAGAGAGAAAUGAAUUGGAGAUGGUUCUCACUGUGUGUCAGGAAAAGAAUGAAGAAUUUCAAAUACAGCUGAAGGAAGCUGAACUAAAGUUGGAAGCACUGCAACAAGAGUUAUCAAUUGCAAAUGAAUCAAAGCAGCAAAUUGAAUCACAACUUGUAAAUGUAGAAGUAGAUGCUCGGACCAUGGCUUCAAAGGUUAACUCACUAGAAGCAGUGAUUCAAAAGGAGAAGGAUCUGUCAGCAGGAAUUGCAGUCAAGUGCCGGGCAUUGGAAGGAGAGCUAUCCGAAAAGAACAAGGAAGUUGAACGCCAGAAAUUGGCAAGCUCAAAUAGUGAACUGAAGAUAAAGCAGGAGGACCUAGCUGUAGCAGCUGGGAGACUUGCUGAAUGCCAGAAAACAAUAGCAUCUCUAGGAAAGCAGCUGAGAUCUCUAGCAACCCUAGAGGACUUCUUAAUCGACACUGCAAGCCUACCAGAGUUCAAUGCAGGAGGAUUACUGAUGCAUAGAGCUAGUGGAGAAUCUUGGAAAGAUCAUUGCAGUGACACAUUAUCACCUAAAAGGGAUUCCAGCUCUUCAAGAAUAGCCAGUGAGAAUUCUUGCCCUUUAGUUAAUAAAAAUGAAGGGCACUCACCCCCAUCUUCAUCAUUGUCAACUUCAUCAGCCACAUCAAACCACAGCAGUUCUGACAAGAACCGAAAUGGUUUCGCAAAAUUUUUCUCUAGAAGCAAGAAUGGCAUACAACUAGAAAUUUAGCAAGGAUCAGGCCAGCAGAAAAGAAGAAAAAUGAACUAUAUUGAUGAUUUAUUGUAAAAACAAGGAAUUUAUUGGAUGUUGAUUAUAUGCUAUUUAAUCAGCAGCUUGUUCAUCAAUCAUGUUUAGGAAUACUACAAUGAAUUCAAGCAAAUUUCAAAUGCUAUGGUUGUGUAGUUUGUAGUCAAA